GAGAGAGAGAGAGAGAGAGAGAGAGGGAGGGAGGGAGGGAGAGGGAGAAUGAAUUUCAUUUAAGUGCUUGGUUUAAACCCAGCUCAUUUGGAAGAUGUAAAUGUAUUGGGCAGCAAAAGAACGGCAAGGAGGUAAGAAGCGAGAGGAAGAAGAAGAGGAGGGGAACAGCAUGACCAAGUGAAUGAGCAAUCAAAGCAGAGAGAAAGAGAGAGAGACAGAGGAAGAGAUAGAAAGAGAGAGUGCCUGAGUGAGAGAGAGUGCCCGAGAGAGAGAGAGUGCGAGAGAGAGAGAGCCCUCGGAUUUCUGAGUGGCUUACGACACUCAGUGAACAGUCUGUGUUUCUGCAUGCACUGUCAGUGUACCGGUCUGCUGCGAGGGAUUGCGCGCUCCUUUGCCUUCCAUAUUUACCGCCCCUGCUUGCCUACCAGCACUAACCUUCAGCACCCUCUUCCAGUCGGCUGAAAAAUCACCCGGAGAAGAGGGAAGAGAGUGAAACCUGCAUGCCGCUGGGGAUGCAAGAGGUGGAUGCUUUUUUUUUCCCCCGUCUUUUCUUUUUUUUUUUUUUUACCGAGAUGAGCAACUGACAUGGAAUAUUGUCACGUGAGAAAAGAGUGAACUGGGUUCACCUCUUGAUUGCAUUUAUUUAUUUUCUCGCCACCAUCGAUCACUGAAAGCAUGAUUAACCGCUUGGACGGAUUUAAACCUUAGAAGUUAAUGACUGUUUCCAGAGAUGGGCGAUAAUAUAUAUCCUGGCAGACCUGCUGAAACUUAAGCAAGCAGGGGAGGAGAAAAGAGAACGAUAUUUAAAAGAAUGUACUCUCAUGAUCAUUGCAGCAGGGGACUGCGGAGGAGCUGAGGAGACAGAGCUCAUGCAUGCAGACUGGGGAACUUGUGCUUUCUACCAUCUCCCCACUUGGAUUCCUUCUCUUUCUGUCUCUUUCACUUGAAGAGAACUAAGACAUUGUAAGCCUGCCAAGGAUCUGGUGUCCACUGAAAGGAGAGAAGGGAGGGGGUGAUGGUGAAUUUGUACCACAGUGGGGUCCUUUUUAGAUCCACACAUAAUUAGUGUCGGGGCACAAAGCGAGACGCUGAAUGGAGAUUGUCAGCUUUUGGAUAGGGGUGAGUAGGAAUCUUCUCAGAUAAGAUCGCUCCAUGAGGAAAUUUUUUCAUCUCUUCUCUCCACCCACCAUUUGAUCUAUAUCAUAAAGCAAGAGACUUUAUCUUUCGCAUUCCGGACAAGGAUUUUCUUAGCUGACUAAAUGAGAAAACAACUAAUCCUGUGUUAAUCUUAAAUACUUAGAAGGGGGGAGUAAACCGAAUAAAUAACUCAAAUAUGAUGUGCUACAUAUGAUGUGAUAGGUGGACAAACAAUAUCCAGAGUGAAUGGACAUUUGCUUGGUAAAAUCCCUGGAUAUUUAUGCUGAUGGAUUUCCUUUUAAUUGGACUGUAUUUAAAGUGGCCAGUGAAGAAGCCCCCUGGGUUGAUUCUGUUUUCAUUGGGCAUUUUUUUAAGAAUGGUUCCCAUGGCGGAGGGGGUUUGCCCCAGACUGUGCCGCUGCGACAGCAAGCUGCUGUACUGUGAGGGCUUGAACCUCACAGACAUUCCCCAAAAUCUGAGCAGUGCCAUGGGCUUGUCCAUGAGAGAGAACAACCUGACUGAACUACGUGAAGGACAACUGGCCGGCUUGUCGCAGCUCACCUGGCUCUACCUUGACCACAACAACAUUGACAUUGUCGAGGAGGCUGCGUUUGACAAGCUAAGGCGGGUCAAGGAAUUAGACCUGAGCAGCAACCGGAUUGAGACUCUGCCAAAUGGUACCUUUAGGCCCCUCCCAAAUUUGCGCAUCCUGGACGUCUCCUACAACAGGCUGCAGGCCCUCGAGCCUGACUUGUUUCACGGCCUUCGAAAGCUCACCAAUCUGCAUUUGCGCUACAACGCUCUCAAAUUUGUGCCAGUACGGAUUUUCCAAGACUGCCGGAGCAUGCAGUUUCUCGACUUGGGAUACAACCAACUGCAAAGUCUGGCACGGAACUCCUUUGCCGGACUCUUCAAGUUGACAGAGUUGCAUCUUGAGCACAACGAGCUGGUUAAAGUCAACCUUGCCCAUUUCCCUCGCCUGAUCUCAUUACGUACCCUGUAUAUGCACAACAAUCGCGCAACCAUUGUUGUCAACACCCUGGAAUGGACAUGGCAUUUCUUGGAUAAGAUUGACUUGUCUGCCAAUGAAAUUGAGUACAUCGAGCCACAUGUUUUUGAGAGUGCACCCAACCUCAAGGUAUUGAUGCUAGACUCCAAUCGGCUGACUUCUGUGGAUCAGCGCAUUUUGGAUUCAUGGUCCUCCCUGAACAGCAUCACCCUGGGAGGGAACGACUGGGAGUGCGGCCGUAACGUUUGUGCCUUGGCCUCUUGGUUGAGUGCCUUUCGAGGGCAACGUGACAAUUCACUGCUGUGUUCAAGCCCAGACACCGCACAAGGCGAGGAUGUCUUGGAUGCCGUCUAUGCUUUUCAGCUCUGCGACGAUCCCCCACUGGAAGUUACGUCAGCGGGUCUGUAUGCCUCCACAAGAGACCUGGUCCAAGGUGGCUCUGUGUUCCUUGGCCCCUUUACACCCAACCCUUACGAUGGUGAGGGCGGUGAAGUGGUCACCAGUUCUUUCACUGUCACAGUGGGACAUGACGACCUGGAGAGUACCAUGCAGAUCCACAAGGUUGUGACUGGCACAAUGGCACUCAUCUUUUCCUUCCUCAUCAUUGUACUCAUGUUGUAUGUGUCAUGGAAGUGCUUUCCAGCCGGAAUAAGACAAUUAAGGCAGUGCUUCAGCAGUCAGCGUCGUAAACAGAAGCAGAAGCAAAACAUGCAGCAGAUGGCUACGAUUUCUACACCGGAGUACUAUGUUGACUAUAAGCCCAACCAUAUUGAGGGAGCUCUGGUAAUCAUAAAUGAAUAUGGCUCCUGUACUUGCCAACAGCAACCUUCUCGGGAAUGCGAGGUGUAACCCGGGAUUGACAGCACGAUGUCAUCCUGAUUGACUAUCAGCUAUUUUUUUUAAUAUGCUGGAAAGGAAGGAUAAAAUGUAUAUUUUGGCCACAUUUUAUGCAGCUUCUCACUGUGAUAUGGAAUGAGUUUGCUUCAUGCAGCUGAUCGUUUUGCUGUGGAUUUCCUGCUGUCUCUUCACUGAUUUGAGGGUACGACGCAAAAUGGGCUCCUGACAUUUGGAACUGUUGAUGUACUAGCAACACUGACAGAAAUAUAUUAGAAGCUGCGCACAUUCUUUGUUUUUUUUCCAUGACUGAUGGAUAUUUUAGCUUUAAUGUGUCUCUCUACUACAGGACAUGUAAUUAAGCUGUGGACACACACAAACACACACACACACACACACACACACAAACACACUACACGCACACACAAUGAAAAAAAUAUUUGUAUUAUGGUUAAGAAUAUUUGACCAGGGUCAAACAAAAUAUAUUUAAGUUGGAUUAAAACUGUAAAGAGUGUACAAAUGUUAAAAGAAGCGCCACUGUGGAUAAAACUGAUGAAGAUAGUUCUUUUGUAAACUAAAAAAAGCUUAAAUAAAUGAAUUGCUAUUCACAGUGAAAUCAUUUGUAUGCGAGACGCUUAUCAGAAAGGACGGAUGACAACAAUGCUGGGCAAGCAAUACGUCUGAGUAUCCUUCAACCAAAAAAACAACAGCAAAACUAGCUAACCAACUAGAAGAUAUGAAAGUGGCAGAGAGAGAUUUGCUUCUCAAAUGUAAUGUCCAUGAUCUACAUUUUACUCUAUCUCUUUAAAGUCACGUGUGUUGCUUUAUGUUUCACAAGCAGUGUGAUUUGACCGUCUUUUGCUCUAAAAUAACUUGAUCAAGCCAUUACAUUCUGAUCAGUUGGCACACUUCCAUAUAAUAUGUGUGCACCAUACAAGUAAAGAAAGCAGAAUGUCAAACAUUUCAAAAAUUUACGUCACUCCUCGUUUCUUACUUUUUUGGCUUUCCCGGUGACGUCACUGAAUCAAGCACAGAGAGACCAACUACCAUCUAAAGCGGACAUAUUUAUAUUUCAAAUGCGGAUUUAAAUCACUAAAAUAGAGCAACCCAUCAGCUUCAAGGGAGACUUGAACAUUCAAUUAUCUGUGUUUUCGUGUUAUGUAAAAUGUUUGUUGUACACAUUUUCAUGUGUAUAUACAUAUAUAGGUAUAUAUAUACUUUUUUUGGUGUUGUGUACAGAUGUUUUGUUUCCUGUCUUUUAACAAGAGCUGCUGAAUUUUGUGGGCGGAGGUGGGGACUGUAAAAUGGAGCUGGAGGAUGUCGGCGACUGCAGAAAGAGGGAACAGACUGCUCUCUAGUGUGCAUAUAUUCACAGAGUGUUGAUGCCUUUUGCCAAUUGUACACGAGAUUAUGACUCAAAUUCCACAGCAGUGGACGCAUACAACGACUGCAAUGAAUUUUGUGGAGGGAAAAAAAAAAUGCAGCAUCAUUUUGUGUUAUUUUGAUAUAAAUUAAAAUUAUGUUUACAAAGUGUAAUUCAGCAGGAAUAAAAAAA